AUGCGACUUUCUAAAGUAUCUGCUAUUAAAUCUACAGGAGUUUCGAAUUAUAAAAAUUUCAAUUCGAAAAAUUCCUCUAAGUAUUCUUUAAUGGAAGUUGAAAAAAAAAGUGAAAAGAAGAAUUCUUUAGGUGCCUUCCAUUCCAAAAAAAUUUUAUUAAUUUUUGGAAUAAUAUAUGUAGUCCUAUUGAAUGCUUAUAUAUGUGGAGACAAAUACGAAAAGGCUGUAGAUUAUAGUUUUAGAGAAAGCAGAAUUUUAGCUGAAAGUGAAGAUAUCAGUGCAAGAAAAGAAAAGACUACAUUAAGAAAAAGUAAGCAGAAAACAUCUACACGCACAGUUGCUACUCAAACAAAGAAAGAUGAAGAAAAUAAAUUAGGUCUUACCGAAGAACAAAAAGCAGAAUGUGAUUCCGAAAAACAAAAAAAAACCAAAAAAGUAGUAAAAAAGCAAAUUAAAAAGCAAAUUAAUAUAGGAGAUACAGAAAAUCAAAAAGAAGGAAAAAAAGUUAAAAAGGUUAUAAAGAAAGAAAAGAAAAAAGAAGAAUCUGGAAAUCCAGAAGAAAAUAAACAUGCAAACGAAGCUCCAAAAAAAGAGGAACCUAAAGCCUCAAACGUAUCUCAAAA